CAGACUUCUUCCUAUUUUCAUUCCUAUUUUUUCACCAUGCAUAUUCGCUGCACUUUACUGCUAACAAGUGUGUUCCUCUUAUUUUCAAGAGCAGAUGCUUACUUUGGUUAUGGGUUGAUCCGUUGCCUGUUUACUUCCAAAGAUGAUGUUGUUUAUCUGGCACAGAUCUACUUUAAUAAGGUGCUUCAGGUUCAGUACAACAGCACUUUGGGGAAAUAUGUCGGCUACACAGAGAAAAUGAAGGAAGUUGUAGAUGAACUCAACAAAAACAAACGUUUCUUGGAACAAGAAAAAAAGAACAAACAGAAGUGCAGAACCAACAUCCCGCUAGUGUUUAAUGUGCUUUCAAGACCAGUUGAGCCCACAGUCAAGCUGAGGUUAGUUGAGUCACCAGAAAGUGAACAUCCAGGCAUGUUCAUGUGCAGCGCGUACAACUUUUAUCCCAAACACAUCAAACUGACGUGGCUGAGGGACGGAAAGGAGGUAACUACUGAUGUCACGUCCACUGAGGAGCUACCCAAUGGAAACUGGCUCUACCAGAUUCACUCCUACCUGGAGAUUAUACCCAAACCCGGAGAGAACAUCAGCUGCAUGGUGGAGCACGCCACCCUCAUGGAGCCCAAAUUUUAUGACUGGGAUCCAACAUCUGAGGCACAGAAGAAUAAGAUUGCUAUAGGUGUAGCAGGGCUGCUGCUGGGUUUGGUGUUUGUACUCAGCGGAGCUGUUUUCUACAAGCGGAACACUACAAGCCGGAUUUUGGUGCCAACAAGUUAAUCUACCUGUUUGGAGGUGCUGUCUGAAGGUGGAAUCAUCUAAGAAACAAUGGCAGCAAAUGGAAAAAAUUUCAUUUUGAGUUUGCCAAAUGGGAAAAGAUACUUUGUCCACUCAGACUGGAGAAUUCAGAAAUAUUCCACAAAAAAUAAACAUAUGACUUAAGAAUUUUGUUUAUAAAACAUCACAACUAAAUUAACAAUGUAACUAAUGAUUUAAUUAAGUUAUUUAGAUUUCUCAGAGUCUGGGCUGUAAAUGUUCAUGUUGACAGAGAUGCUGCUGUUUUGAAGGUCUACUUGAUCAUGAAAUGUUUUAUAUUACUGAAAUUGUUAAAAAUGUAUAUAUCUGGGGCUUGGAUAAAAGAGAUAUAUUUUA